AUGGAGGCUAAUGUGGAAUGUGUAAUGCGUGGUAUGGAGGCGAUGGAGUCAAUUAAAGAGAGUAUUGGUGAGUUAUUUCCUGAGCAAGGAAUAGUAAGACCAGACCAAUAUGAAGAAGCUUUAGAUGCGUUGGAGCAAAUGAAGGACCAGGUCAUUGAGGAAUUUGCAAGAAGCGAAGAGGAGAAAGAGAUAUGGCUGAAGGAAUGGCCUUUUGGAACUUGA